AUGCGAUGGUACGAUUACAAAUUAGUCUGGGAUCCUUCAAAAUUCGAUAAUCUGAAAAAGAUUCAUAUUCCAUCCGAUCAGAUUUGGAUUCCGGAUAUAAUUCUCUACAAUAAGUAAGAUGUUUUACAAUUAUCCAAAAUUAUGUAAUAUGUUUAUAUGUGACAUAACAUAGGUUACGUCAAAUUACAUAACUAUCUUGCAGUGCUGACGGUGAGCCUCAUAUUUCCGUAACCAGCGAUGCUAUCGUAUAUUAUACAGGGCUCGUGGUGUGGAAGCCUCCAAGUAUUUACAAAUCCUUCUGCCAAAUUGACAUCGAAUACUUCCCCUACGAUAAGCAGAGUUGUUCGAUGAAGUUUGGAGGUUGGUCGUACAAUGGGUUCUUGUUGAAUAUGGUUCAACUUACAGUAAGUAUCACAAAAAAUUUUUGAUUGUAUCACUUUAGAGUAAUGCCAGUCUGAUCGAAACAAGAAAAGACGACGAAGGAAAGGAGUUUCAAUAUGUCGAGAGAGGGAUGGAUUUAUCCUACUUUUACCCGUGGGUUUUCAUCUCCAAUAUUAUGUUUGAUUUUAGAAGUCUCGAAUGGGAUCUGCUGACAUUGAACAGUAAACGACACGAACAGUUAUAUCCUGGAUGCUGUGGACAAGAGUUUUACAUUGACAUCACAUAUGAGAUCAGUUUGAGAAGGAAGACUCUGUUUUAUACUGUAAAUCUGGUCACGCCAUGUGCUUUGAUUGGUACGGGAAUACUGCGUUAUAAGAUAUUUUUGUUGCAGCAUGGUUAACAUUAUUUGUGUUUUACAUACCGGCCAUUGAACACAAAAUUACGCAUUCCAUAUCAGUGCUGGUUACAUUGACUGUGUUUUAUCUUGUUUUAAUCGAGUUAAUCCCGCCAACAUCGUUGGUGAUUCCAUUGAUUGGUCAAUACAUUUUGUUCACAAUGUUCUUGGUAUCUUUUUCCAUCAUAAUUUCCGUUGUGACUGUCAAUUGGUAUCGCCGAGAUGGUUCUUUGCACAAAAUGCCAGACUGGAUGUACAUUGUUUUUGUCAAAGUACUGCCCAAAUUAUUGUUUAUGGAGCCCCCUGAGGAUGACGAUGAUGAACAGAAAUCAGAAGGAAGUGUCUCUGGUACGGUUUUAUUGGAAUCUCACUAAUAUUAGUUCAGAUUGUCAAUCUCCCUCCAGUAUGGGGUCAAGACGACCAAGUCCUUAUCUGAUCUCAGUCACCGAUACCGAGCUUCGACUCUCAGAGUUGGCACAACGUCGAGGAAUGCACCCAGACAUCAUCAGGAGAAUGAUCGACAACAUUAGUUUCAUCGAGAACUAUUACCGAAAUAAACAAAAGAAGGAUAAGGUAUCAGAUAACACAAAGGUUUGAUCAAACGACCCUUUACAGAUCAGUGAUCUAUGGUGUUAUGUGGCUAUGGUAACCGACAGGUUUAUGUUAAUCACCUUCAGCAUGUUGUUCAUCGCUGGUUCCGUGAUUAUCCUCGGACGGUCUCCUUACUUACUGGACACUACUUCUCCUUUAAGUUUCCAAGUUGCCACGCAGCCAUUAAGUGGAGACACACUGAUAAGAGAUGGUAACUUAAUGGUUAACGAUUCGGGCGUCUUUUGA